GCUACUGCUCUCAUGCUGUCAAAGCUCUUCCUACACAUGCAAACCUGGAAAGUUAGCUGAUGAUAUGGCGCUUAAAAUUGAACGCUUUGUUAGUGUAGGUAAAGGGAAUGGUUUACGGGCAGUGCACAAAAUUAAAGCCGGCGAACUUCUGUACAAAGCUAGUCCGUUAGCUUGCUGCGUUUCCAAGAAACAUCUUGCAACCGCAUGUCACAAUUGUUUUACAAGGGCCGAAAGCCUCUUGAGAUGUUCCAGGUGUAAGAUCGCUCGAUACUGCAAUGCUGCCUGCCAGAAACAGGCCUGGCCUGAACAUAAGGGAGAGUGCCGCCGGCUCAAGAGCCUCCAUCCCAGAAUACCCCCAGAUUCUGUUCGCCUGGCCACCAGGAUCCUUUCCGCGAUGCUAUCCAUUACCCACAGAGCAUCACAGGAGCUGUACUCAUUAAAGGAGCACCAGUCACACCUGGCUGACAUGCCUGAGGAGAAGCAGAUGGGCCUGAUGCAGCUGUGCUCCGCGCUGCAGCUCUUCAUCCAGGCCAACGACCAAUCAGCUGACCCCUUCCCAGCUCCAGACCCCGACCUGCUCAACCUCAUUGGCCAGAUCACGUGUAACUGCUUCACCAUCAGUGAUGGAGAACUACAGGAAGUGGGCGUCGGCCUCUACCCUAGCAUGUCCCUGCUCAAUCACGACUGCCAGCCCAACUGUGAUGAUGUCGAGGAAGACUGCACUAUGUGGCUAUCACAGACAUCCAGCCACAAGAGGAGCAAGUCGCCCAUCUCCUUCAAGUCCUGCAAGUGUCACUUCAAGUGA